AGAAUCCUCCGACCAACUCAAAAUUAUUGGACUCGUUUUGACACCUAAUUCAGCGUAUUUAGAAUACAAAGAUUAAACACAAAACUCUGAGCUUCACAUUCUUCUUUGAUCCAAUAAAUCAUUCCCACAAUCUUUCCCCGUCUACAUUAUACACACAUAUAUCAUCUAUCUAUAUACAUGUGCUUGUGGAUUCUGCAGAUUUGAGCUGCUGAUUGGGGUUGACAUUUUGCUUUAUCCCACCAAAUUCUUCAGCCUGCAAUGAUUUGAAAGCUUAAUUCAAGAGCUUUGAGAUCCACCCUUUUGUUUUGUGGUGACCGACAUAGCCACCAUGUCAGGAAGUACACUAGCUGAAUCAGGGCAGCUUGAUAAUGAUUUGGGAGUUCGACAACUUAGUGCAAAUGGGAGUAGAAUGAAAACAUCUGUAGUUGAAGAAAAGCUCGAUGAAGGGAACAUUCAAGAAGCAGAAUCUGCCUUGCGUGAGGGUUUGUCACUCAAUUUUGAGGAAGCACGAGCUCUUCUUGGGAGGUUAGAAUAUCAAAGAGGAAAUGUUGAAGGUGCUCUCCGUGUUUUUGAUGGUAUUGAUCUUCAAGCUGCUAUACAGAGAAUGCAAUCAUCUAUUACUGAAAAAAUACCUUCUAAGAAGGGCCGUUCUCGGGGUGAAUCUAUGCAUGCAGUCCCACAAAAUGCUGCUGGGCUGGUGCUUGAAGCUGUUUAUUUAAAAGCCAAAUCUCUUCAAAAGCUUGGGCGAUUAACUGAUGCUGCUCAGGAAUGUAAAAGUGUUCUUGAUGCUGUUGAGAAGAUGUUCGCUCGAGGAAUAUCUGAUGUAUCAGUUGAUAAUAAGUUACAAGAGACAGUUAGCCAUGCUGUUGAGCUCCUGCCGGAACUUUGGAAGCUAGCUAAUUGUUAUCCGGAAGCAAUGUCUGCAUAUCGCCGUGCUCUUCUUAGUAGAUGGAAUCUUGACAAUGAAUGUUGUUCAAGAAUUCAGAAAAACUUUGCUGUCUUCUUGCUAUAUAGUGGAGUGGAGGUUGGUCCACCAAGUUUAGCUGUUCAAAUUGACGGUUCAUAUGUGCCUCGAAACAAUAUGGAAGAGGCCAUUUUACUUCUGAUGGUACUCUUGAGAAAGUGUUGCCUUGGUCAUGCUCCAUGGGAUCCAUCAGUUAUCGAGCACCUUACCUAUGCUCUAUCUGUAUGCAGCCAAACGUCUGUAUUAGCAAAGGAAAUAGAGGAGAUCUUGCCUGGAUUGUUACAUCGAACUGAUCGAUGGAAAUUAUUGUCCCUUUGCUUUAGUGCUUCUGGACAGAUUGAAAAUGCCUUAAAUCUACUCAGAAAGACUCUCCGCAAACACGAAAAUGCAGAUGAUACUGUGUCAUUGUUGUUGGCUGCAAAAAUGUGCAGUAGUAAUACCUUUCUUGCUGCUGAGGGACUGGGAUACGCCCUGAGGGCCACUGAUAAUGCUCAAGGGGUACACAAACAUUUAGAGGGUGCUGGUUUGCGUGUGCAAGGUCUUUGUUUAGGAAAACUAGCCAAAGUUUCUUCUUCAGAUUCUGAGAGGUCACAUCUUCAGUCUGAAGCAUUAAAGUCAUUGGAUAGGGCAUUUUCUUUAGAGCCUAAUAACUCAGAUCUUAUUUUUGAGUUGGGUGUUCAAUAUGCAGAGCGUCGGAAUUUAAGUGCCGCAUUGCGUUAUGCCAAGCAGUAUAUUGACAUAACUGGAGGAUCUGUACUCAGAGGUUGGAGAUUACUUGCUUUGGUUUUGUCAGCUCAAAAACGCUACCCGGAGGCCCUAGUUGUCAUUGAUACGGCUUUGGAUGAGACUGCAAAGUGGGAACAAGGAUCUCUCCUGCGGAUGAAGGCAAAGCUUAAAAUAUCACAGUCUUUACAUGUAGAUGCCAUUGAAACUUAUCGUUACCUCCUCGCUUUAGUUAAAGUUCAAAGAAAAUCUUAUGGCACUAAUCGAAUUCCAUUCCAGGCUGAAGAUGACAGAGUUAAUGAAUAUGAAGUUUGGCAUGGUCUUGCUAAUUUAUACUCCAGCCUUUCACAUUGGGGAGAUGCAGAGAUCUGCUUGGAUAAAGCUAGAGCACUUGUAAAAUAUUCGGCGGAGACGUUGCACACAGAAGGUCUUAUGUUCCAAAGGCGUGGACAAAUUAAGGAAGCUUUAGCUGCUUAUGUGAAUGCUCUUCUGCUGGAACCAAGUUACGUACCUUGCAAGAUUUUGAUCAGCUCUGUGUUGGCAAAAAUGGGUCCAAAGAUGCUACCACAUGUUAAAACAUUACUGACAGAUGCAUUGAAGACUGAACCUACAAACCGUAUGGCCUGGUAUCAGUUGGCACUAAUUCACAAGGAUGAUGGACGACUGGCUGAUGCUGCGGAUUGCUUCCAGGCGGCUGCGAUGCUGGAAGAAUCUGAUCCCAUUGAAAGCUUUAGCUCCAUUCUUUGAUUAAUACUGCAAGUCAUGGACACAAUCAUUAUUCUUUUAUUCUUUAUCUGUGUUUAGGCUUUUGGUGAAUUUAAGGGUUUAGGAUUCAGGUUAUCGAGAAGCAUUGGGGUUCUCGUCAUUUUAAUCUGGAAAUUCAUCGUUGCAUUUGAUUUUUUUAUUGAAGUUCAUUCAGAUCACACCAUCAAAUUCAAAGAGAAUUUUAUGGAAUUUA